AUGGCGAUGCGAAGAUUGACCACCCGGCGGGUGCUGCCCGCCGCCCCGCGCUUCUCAACUUACACCGCGCGCCUGCGACCUUCAUCUUCACCAGUCUUGCGAUCCCCAGCCGCGGCUUCCACCGGCGGCAAUGGAGCCGCCGUCUUUGCUGAGCGUGUGAGGCCGCUCAUGGUCACCGACUUGGACACAUUCCCUCGCCGCCACAUCGGACCCGACGAUAGCGAGGCGGUGGAGAUGCUCCAGGCCUUGUCGCCGCCUGCCAAGUCUUUUGACGAAUUCAUCUCUCAAGUCAUCCCCGCCAACAUUUUGUCCACUUCCCGUGAGCUUCUCAGCCUGAGUGGCAAAGCCCAGAGCCAGAUCCUGGAUGAGAGGGAUGUGGCCCGUGAGGCCAACGAGAUCGCCGAGAGCAACGAGAGCUACACCAGCCUCAUUGGCGCUGGCUACGCUCCUACCGUCACCCCGGCCUACACACCGUACCAGGCUGAAAUCAGCCAGGGCCGUCUUGAGAGCUUGCUAAACUAUCAGACCCUGGUCUCCGAUCUCACCGGCUUGCCCGUCUCCAACGCAAGUCUUCUUGACGAGGGAACCGCCGCCUCCGAAGCCAUGACCAUGUCCCUCAAUGCCCUUCCUGCGUCUCGACAAAAGCGCCCGGGCAAGACCUUUGUCAUCUCCGACCGCGUCCACCCCCAGACUCUUUCCGUCAUCAAGAGUCGAGCUGAGGGCUUCAAGGUGGACUUGAAGGUGGUUGAUGUAUCUUCGCCCGAAUCGCUUGACGCCAUCAAGGCCCUGGGUCAGGACCUCGUUGGUGUGCUGGUCCAAUAUCCGGAUACCAGGGGCCACGUACACGAUUUCAGGAAACUCGCCGACGCCGUUCACGAGCAGGGCGCUCUCCUGAGCGCGGCCACCGACCUCCUCGCUCUUACCACGCUCACCCCUCCCGGCGAAUGGGGCGCUGAUAUCGCGCUCGGCACUUCUCAGCGUUUCGGUAUCCCCUCGGAUUCGGCGGCCCCCAUGCCGCGUUCUUCUCUGUCAAGGAAAACCUCAAGCGAAAGAUUCCCGGCCGCUUGGUCGACCCGCGAGCAACAUAUCCGGAGAGAAAAGGCGACUAGCAACGUUUGCACUGCGCAGGCCCUUUUGGCCAACAUGAGCGCCAUGUACGCCAUUUAUCACGGCCCUGAAGGUCUCAAGGCCCAGGCCGAGAAACUUACGCAUUGGGCUCGCCUUAUCCAGGCUGUUUCCGAGUUCUACGGUAUUGAAACGGAAAAGAGCUCUCUUGACCCUCACGGCCGUGUGCUCUUCGACACCGUCAUCCUUAAGGCUGGAAACGCCACCCCCAGAUUAUCGACCGGGCCCGACAGGCGCGACCUCGAGAUUCUUUUGGAAAAGGUGAUCAAGGAGUCUGCCACGAAGAACCAAUCUGUGUCCUACCAAGAGGCGUUUGAAGCUGCAGUCCAGCAAGUCGGCGCAUCUCCGUCCUCCGAACUCCCCGCGACCGUGAAGCGUACCUCGGAAUACCUCACUCACCCCGUUUUCAACACCCACCACAGCGAAACCGAGCUUCUCCGAUACAUCUAUCACCUUCAGGCCAAGGAUCUCUCGCUCGUCCACUCCAUGAUCCCUCUAGGCUCCUGCACUAUGAAGCUCAACGGAACGACCGAGAUGGAAAUCAUUACCCUCCCCGGCUUUGCGAACCAACACCCCUUUAGCCCCGCCGAGCAGAAUCGUGGAUACCAGCGCCUGAUUGACGAGCUCGAGGAACAGCUCGCCGCCAUCACCGGCAUGGACGGCACGUCGAUCCAGCCCAACUCUGGUGCCCAGGGAGAGUUUGCUGGUCUCCGGGUCAUCCGAAAAUUCCACGAGAAGCAGCCCGGUGCCAAGCGCGAUAUUUGCCUCAUCCCGGUCUCCGCCCACGGAACGAACCCGGCGUCUGCGGCCAUGGCAGGCAUGCGCGUUGUCCCCGUCAAGUGCAACACCACUACGGGUAACCUUGACCUCGCGGAUCUCGAGGCCAAGUGCAAGAAGCACGCGGAUGAGCUCGGCGCCAUGAUGAUCACGUACCCCAGCACGUUUGGCGUGUUCGAGCCCGAGGUCAAGAAGCUCCCCGGCGAGAUUGGUGCUGACGUGUGCCACCUGAACCUUCACAAGACCUUCUGCAUCCCGCACGGCGGUGGCGGCCCCGGCGUUGGUCCCAUCUGCGUGAAGAAGGACUUGAUCCCGUUCCUCCCCGGCAAGUCUCCUGAGGCCGGCGAGCCCAUGGUCAGCAGCGCACCUUACGGCAGCGCGAGCAUUCUCCCCAUCAGCUGGGCCUACAACAAGCUCAUGGGCACCGACGGUCUCCGCAAGGCCACGCAAUUCACCCUCCUCAACGCCAACUACCUCCUCGCCCGCCUCAAGCCACACUACAAGAUCCUCUACACCAACGAGAACGGCCGGUGCGCGCACGAGUUCAUCCUCGACGCCCGGCCUUUCAAGGAGUCGGCUGGCAUCGAGGCCAUCGACAUUGCCAAGCGUCUCCAAGACUUUGGCUUCCACGCCCCCACCAUGAGCUGGCCCGUCGCCAACACCCUCAUGAUCGAGCCCACGGAAAGCGAGAGCAAAGAGGAGCUCGACCGCUUUGUGGACGCCUUGGUGGCUAUCCGACAGGAGAUUCGUGAUGUCGAGGAAGGCAAGGUACCCCGCGAGGGUAAUGUGCUCAAGAUGGCCCCUCACCCCGUGGGCGAUAUCGAGAAGAAGUUCUGGCCCACCGUCGCGAGGGUAGAUGAUGCCUACGGCGACUUGAACUUGUUCUGCACAUGCCCUCCUGUCGAGGACACAACUCAGGAGUGA